AAUCUGCAGGACACCGGCCCUCUAGGACCGAGUUUGGACACCCCUGGCCUAGAUUGUGUGUGUGGCUGAAACGUGGGUCUGCGGAUCUGCAGCAGGAUAUAUCUCGUUUAGUUUCAGAAAAAUUGAUUCUUAACUUAAGCUGUUGUCGAAGUGUUGAGGAUUCCCUUCUGUCUGUGAGUUUGUGCUGUAAAAUGGCAGAAUCCAGUAUUUUAGUGGCUCAGGAUCAGUUCAGCUGUUCAGUCUGUCUGGAUCUACUGAAGGAUUCAGUGGCCAUUCCCUGUGGACACAGUUACUGUAUGAGCUGUAUUUCAGGCUGCUGGGAUCAGGAUGAGGAGAAGGGAGUCUACAGCUGCCCUCAGUGCAGACAGACCUUCACUCCAAGACCUGCUUUAGGGAAAAACACCAUGCUGGCUGAAGUGGUGGAGAAACUCAAGAAGACAAAACUACAAGCUGCUCGUCCUGCUCAGUGUUACUCUGAAUCUGCAGAUGUGGAGUGUGAUGUUUGUACUGGGGACAAAAAUAAAGCCGUCAAAUCCUGUCUGGUGUGUCUGAGCUCUUACUGCCAGAAUCAUCUUGAACAACACGAGAGUUUCUUCAGAGGUAAAAGACACGAUCUGAUGGACGCCACUGGACGACUGCAGGAGAUGAUCUGCCCUCAACAUGAGAAACUACUGGAGGUUUUCUGUCGUACUGAUCAGUGCUGUAUUUGUUUGCUGUGUGUGGAUGAACACAAAAACCAUGAGAUCGUAUCAGCUGCAGCAGAGAGGACUGACAAACAGAGGCAGUUGAAGGAAACCCAGAGUAAACCUAAUCAGAGAAUCCAGAGGAAACUGGAGGAGUGUGAGGAGCUGAGAGCGGCUGUAAAGUCUCACAAGCGCUCUGCACAGGCAGCAGUGGAGGACACUGAGAGGAUCUUUACUGAGCUCAUCCGCUCCAUUGAGAGAAGCCGCUCUGAGGUGACGCAGCUGAUCAGAGAACAGGAAAAGGCUGCAGUGAGUGGAGCUGAAGGACAACUGGAGCGACUGGAGCAGGAGAUUGAUGAUCUGAGGAGGAGAGACGCUGAGCUGGAGCAGCUUUCACACACAGACCAUCACAUCCAUUUCCUCCAGAGUUUCCAGUCUCCCUCUGCUCCUCCUGGAUCUACGAACUCAUCCAGCAUCACUGUCAGCUCUCAUCUCUCUUUUGAUGAUGUUGGUAAAUCUGUGUCACGACUGAAAGAGAAACUGGAGCUUUUCUGCAGAGAAGAGAUAGAAAAGAUAACCCAGAGGAUCAGAGACUAUAAAGGCACCACUCCCACUCCCACUCCUGAACCAAAGAUUCAUCAGGAGAUCCUUCAAUUGAGAGACAUAACCAGGAUUUCCAAACCUGAACUAAAGAGCCGUGAGGAGUUCCUCUAUUAUUCCCGUCAGCUCACUGUGGAUCCAAACACAGUGAAUAAUUACCUGUUGCUGUCUGAAGGGAACAGAGUAAUUGAAUCCAGUUGUACAGACAAGUAUUAUCCUGAUCAUCCAGACAGAUUUGAGUGUCGGCCUCAGGUGUUGUGUAAUGAGAGUGUGCUUAGACGCUGUUACUGGGAGGUGGAGUGGAGUGGUGAUGUGGAAAUAUCAGUGUCAUAUAGGAGCAUCAGCAGGAAGGGACAGGGAAGCGAGUGUGUAUUUGGACGUAAUGAUAAGUCCUGGAGUUUGGUCCACUCUGACUCCAGUUUUUUCUUCUGGCACAAUGACAUAAGGACCAAACUGCCAGUAAUAUCCAACCUGUCUAGAACAGGAGCGUCCAACUUGUCUAGAAUAGGAGUGUUUUUGGAUUACAGUGAAGGAACUCUGUCCUUCUACAGCGUCUCUGACACAAUGAGCCUCAUUCACAGAGUCCACACCACAUUCACUCAGCCGCUGUACCCUGGGUUCGGGAUUGAUUCAUUCUGUUUUCUAGGUCCCUUACCCUUCUCAAAGGUAAAACUUACUGGGGGAGACGGGGCGUAUUGGUAGAGUUCUGCAAUCACCUUACUAUUUAAUUAUUAAUUACAACUAAAUGCCAGUGAUCGAACAAAGGCGAGAUAAUACUGGUGCUUUAACCACGACCAAGCAAAAAAUAAAACUUAGUGAUCUGAAGAUGUAGAAGAUUCUGACAUGAAACUUUAUAUCAGGCAUUUUCUUCAUGAUGAUAAACCAGUUACUGUGAAACCUUUUUCUUUUCAUAAGUGCCCUCAGUCUUGAAAGACAAUUAUUAUAGACAUUUUAGAAGCAAAUAAGAGUUUGUUAAUUUACUUUGUUGACCAAUAUACAAUGGCUGGACAAAUGUUCUGAUUUCUACAGCAAUUCAUAUUUUCUUGAUCAGCUUCAGUAAGAAUAAAGUCCUCUGUAUAUUGUGUAUUGUCACAUUGUGAGUUUGUUUCUCCUGAUGAAUCUUGUUUUACCACAGAAAAAAGUGCAACAUUGAGUUCAGUUCAUCAAUAAACAUCACUGACAGAACACGACUCUCAA